CCCUACCACGUGCAACUGAACCGAGCAUAAAAUUAAGGCAAAACCAACUAAAAACAGAGUGCAGGGAUGGGUAAAUUCCGUUCAAAGUUGAAGAAAAAGGAAGGAGGAAAACGCUGGAAGCGGGGCAAUGCCUCAUCGUCCAAUCCUGAGGUGAACAAACACCGUCUGAAGGCGAAAAGCCGGUUCUUCCAGAGCAACCUCAGCCUCGCGCCGCCGGUUGAGGCGGCCGAUGGUGCCGGGAAAAACAAACUUACGCUCGAGGCCGUACUGAAGCACGAAGCCAUCCAGUCGUACAGUGGAGCGGAGGGCGGGAAAAAGAAAGUUCCGACCGUGAAUGAUAUCGCGGCCAGCAUGAAAUCGUUCAGCGUGAAAGAUGGGGACGAUGAUGAAGUGAUGUCCGAUUCGCAGCACGGCGGCACCUUCAAAACGUUCCAAACGUUUGCCUCCAACUGGAGUGCCUGUUCGAACAUGAGCUUCAAGAAGUUGUUGAACCACUUUCGCGCCGACUCGCAACUCCAAAAGGACAUGCUUGCCAUUCUGGCCGCGUUGACCGAGGUGAUAAAGGAGAACGGAGGAACGGAGAGCAGCACCGAGUACUUCCUGGCGCUGAUGGAAACGAUUGAAGCGGCCAAGGAAACGAACGAUGUGAUUGCAGCGGUUUCUCUUCUCGCGAUGGGCAUCAAAUCCGUCCCGGAAGCGGUACUGCGACGCAAGUUCUCCGAGACGGCCCAAACACUGCUCGCUCUGCUGGAACGGUACACCGAAACGGACAAUCAAACGAUGGUACGCAAUCUGAUCGGUUGUCUGUCGGUGCUGCUGCGAGCCCAGGAGUAUGCCCAGUGGAAGCUACCGUUGACGCACAAGUUCUUCGAUUCCGUACUCGCCUUCACGACGCACACCAAACCGAAGGUUCGCAAAGCGGCCCAACAUGCGGUGGUCGCCAUCAUACAUGGCAGCUGCUUUAUGUUGCCACCGAAGGCCGCGAGCGAGGACCAGGCGGAAGAGAACACAACAGCGGCCGCCGUGGAACCUAAAAUCGCCCCGAUUAAACACCAUCCGGCCGGUGGUCGUGUGGCACGGUUCUGUGUUGCGCUGUUCAAACCGGAAAACAUUGCCAACAACCAAACGGUUAUACUGCACGCGCUGGGUCUGCUGCACAAUGCGCUGCCCGGGUUCAACCGGGAUGACAUUAAGCUGGUGGCCGAGAACCUGCUCUCGAUCAUGACCGCCACCAAUGUGCUGAUCCGUACGAACUGCUUCCAAACCUUCCACUCACUCUUCAGCUCCAAAACGGAGAACCUUACGCCGGUGUUGGCGGGAAAACUCAUCACCGCCCUGUACGACUACCGACCGGAUCGUUCGGAUUCACGGCAAACCAUUGCCUGGCUGACGGUGCUCAAGGAAGGUCAUCUGUUCCUGUCACGCUACGAUUUGGUGCUGUGUAGUGCCGCGCUACCGAAGCUGGUGCAGAUCUGUACGCAAGACUUUUGGUCCAGUGAACGGCUCGAUGUGGUGUCGGCAGCGUCGAACGCACUGAAGGACAUUCUCUACGAGUGCGUACAGCCUUGCUGUGCCGACGAGCGUGAGGUGGAGAAACACCGAGUUGCCCUCGAGAAGGUGCUCCGGUCGAUCAUCGAGGUACUGUCGAGUGCACCGUUCGGCCAUGCGGCAACCCAUGUACUGGUCAUUCUGGCGAUUGCGUUCGACAUUACCGGCAAGUACUUUGGUGAAACGUUGGCUCCUGCCCUGGCCACCCUGGGCACACGGUACGAUCCACAGGCUUCCAAUCGUAUCCAGAUCGAGCAUGCUGUGCUGCAAGCGAUCGGUUCCAUGGAUACCACGCUUGUGCUGCGGUGCAUUCCGCUGUCCGAUGCCGACGGUAAGAUCGAUCUCGAUCGUACCUGGAUGUUGCCACUGUUGCGCGAAGGUCUACAGCAGGCCAGCUUCGAGCUGUUCAAUGCCGUCAUCCUCAAACUCGCCUAUCAGUGUUACAUCGCUUGGGGCAAACUGAAGGAGAGCGACGACAGCAAGAACCAGGCACACAUCUUCGAGCUACUGUGCUGUCAGCUGUGGGGCCUGUUUCCGGGUUUCUGUCGCCGACCGAAGGAUGUGUCCAAUUUCCGAUUGAUCGCGAAAACACUCGGCACGGUAUUGAACGAUAAUCCCGAUCUACGCUCACCGGUACUGGAUGGGCUGAAGGAGUUGAUCUCGCAUCUGGAAACACCGGAGGAGCGGGCGGAGGUCGGCCGGUUCGCCAAGAACUUUCUGCCCCGUUUGUUCAACAUUUACACCACGAAACCGAAGGGCAGCUAUGAGAACGAGGUACGGCAGGCAGCGUUCGAAGCGAUCCAGGCGUAUCUUAGCAUCACGCCACAACCGGUGCUGGAUGAAAUGUUCAGUACGGCACUGCAGCAGCUACAGGAGAAGGCCCCCGGUACAUUCCUGUACGAUAUGCUGUUCGACAUCGUGGAACAGCUGGCACUCUACCAGACGCGUGAGA